ACAUUAAACAAAAAAUUUAACAGUCUAACAAUGACCAGAACAUGUAGAAUAUGUGGUGGACAUGAUGGACGUUAUUGGAUUGAGACACCAGUGGAUAAAUUCGCAAAAAAGACAUUCAGUCAAAUACUGUUUGAGCUUGCCAGAAUUGAAAUUGCUGCUGAACAAGCGGAUAAGUUGCCGCCUUGGAUAUGCAACAGCUGUGUUCAGAAAUUGGAGGAGUUAUAUGAUUUCGUGCAGCAGGCACGUCAAACACAUGAACUUUUGCUUAAUGGGGUCCAAGCACACACAAAACAUAUGGAAACAGCCACCUUGGAAUGCUUGCGGGAAACGCCCAUACAACUAUUAGAUAUCGAAGGCAUAACUAUAAAGACAGAAGAACCAUCAGAACCCGUGAUUUCUGAAGCUGUGCCAAGCUUCAGUGUGGAUCCCCUGGUUAGAAAAUCUAUUGUCUAUAUCACUAGUGAUGAAGAUGAUAAUUUACCAUUAAAACAACGCAAAACUUCCCAGUCAGUUUUGGGAAAUCACCAUCAAUGUAAGAAAUGCAAAAAGUCGUUUAAACACGUAAGGAAUCUCUUCAGGCAUAAACAAAUUAUUCAUGGACCAGAGCAGACCAAUAUACAAAGUACCUCAGCCGAAGAAACACAAAGGAAACUUCGCGUGAACCUUUUGAGUAGCCGAGAUAGUUCCGAGUAUUACACAAUUUAUAUAUUUGUGAAUCUUAAUAAUUAUGAAUUUAUUUUUAGUACAGAUUAUGCAGAAGAGAAUUAUUACAAGUGUGAUGAAUGCGAUAAGUCCUACAAGUAUAUAAUACUUUUGAUCAAACACAAGCAUAAGGUUCACGGAGUUUACAAUCUCCCAGUCAGUCAUGCCUCAAGAAAGUCUGCUGAGCGAGCUCACUUUAGACCUAUAACCACAGAUUCUCUAGUACAUAGUAUAAUAAAGGAAGUAACCAUAUCGGAUGAAGAUGAUCCUGACAGUUGCGGUGCAGGCAACUACUACGAAUGUGACCAAUGCGACAAUUCGUAUAAAUACAUUGUAAGUCUUAUAAAGCACAAACAUGAUGAACACAUUAAAUGCAAAGAUAUAGAGGAAAUCAAGGACGAAGCCACCUCUUCUAGAUACACAGAUCUAUUAACAAGGACACCGCGCAUAAGUCGACGUAUAAAGACCUUUGACUUAAAUCGAUGCAAGCCCAAUGGAUCCAAGGAGAUUCAAUGCAUGAUCUGUCUGCGUCGCUUUAUUAAAAUGGGUGAACUGCGCGAUCAUCUAAAAGCCCAUCCGAAGAACUUUACAUUCGACACUCAUGGCGAGCCCAUUGAACGCAUUUCGGAGGGCUUCUUCAAAACCGCUGUAGAAACAACAGCUGCAGGGCUUAAGAAACGUAUACUAAAUGAUCUCAAGGCAGGAAUAUACGUCCGUUACUAUUCUAUUACAAACGAGGCGAACUACGAAAUGAAUCUGGAUAGCUCUGACACGGAUAGUGAUGGUGAAGGAGACGUUGUCGAGCGACGUAGUUAUGCUUGUGAACUGUGCAAUUCAUCAAUCGCAGUUUGGCCCCGAAAAUAUCAGCUACAUGAACAUCAUCGACAGCAACACACUUGGCUGUCAGCUCCGCAUGUUUGUCAGCGUUGUGACUCACGUUUUCUCAGCGUCCAGCUACUGGACCACCAUAUCCACAAGCUAUGCCAAAACACGCUCAAGCGUUUCAUGUGCGACAAGUGUCCACAGCGCUUUUUUUGGCGUCCCAAUCUACGCGCUCACCUUAUCGACCACAAGAACAAGCAAGAUAAUUAUCCGUGUAAUCAGUGCUCGCGAAGCUUUCAAGAUAAGAGCGCAGUAACAAAGCACAAGCUAAUGCAUCAUGACAGCACCAACAAGCUGCUGCCUUGCCGUUGGUGCACACGUACAUUUUAUCGACCUGCUCUUUUGCAUAAACAUGUAGAGCGGCAUGGCUUCAGUGGCGAGGAUAUACCCCUGGCAGAAACACUGCUUGCAGAUGCGGCCAAGUCAGCAGGACCGAAGACCAUCAUUUGCAAACUUUGUGACAUGCAGUUUAUCAGCAUUGCGGAUCUGCGGCGUCAUAUGUCUAUGCAGGGCCAUAGUCUGCUCGCCCAAAACUAUAUGAUAGGCACCGAGGAAGGAUUCGAGCUACAACUGGAUGAAACUGAUGAUAGUGAUGAUGAAACCACCACCGGUUUCACUUGCAACUCCUACAGAUGUGAUCUCUGCCAAUUGACAUUUCAACAUCGCCGUGACAUGAACGAGCAUCAGUAUUCAUUGCAUAGCUUCCACAAGCUCCCUUAUUCAUGUCCCCAUUGCAUUUUCAGGUCUGUCGAUAAGAACAUGUUAGAGUAUCAUUUGCGAACACAAUGUGCAAAUGUGGAGAAGAAAUUCAAAUGCUCUCGCUGUGGCUACAAAUUUAUGUGGCAAGAGAAUCUGGAGCUGCAUAUGAGCAAACAGCAUGACAAGUCAUCCAACUUGACGUGUAUGCCGACUAAGCGCAGGCGAUUUAGAUACCAAUGUCCGCAUUGCUGGCGCUCGUUUGUUGUGCAGCCCAGCCUUGACAAGCACGUACGUGACAUGCAUGUCGCUAAAAAGAAUCCUGGAAAGAAGUAUUUAUGUUCACUUUGCGGUCUGGAGUCAAUCACACCCAAUAAGCUUAAAAUACAUAUGCAACGGCAUAAUGGCGAGAAACCAUUUAAAUGUGACCUUUGUGAUAUGUCAUUUACCGUUUAUUACGAGUUAAAAGUUCAUCGUCGCAAACACACAGGCGAGAGACCAUAUCAGUGCACAUUCUGUGCGAAGGACUUCACCAGACCCGACAAGUUAAAACGACAUGUUUACAUGCAUAGCGUUAAGCGUUAAGCCCAUUGUGAUUUCCGUUUAUUAAAAGUUAUAUGAUUGAAUAUGAAUAUACAUACAUAUAUGGGAC